AUGAAUUUCUACCCCAUCCCACCCGUGAUUCAGGCCGAGGUAUUCGUGCGGAUCCCCGAUGCUCUGAGAUGCGACGGACAAAGCACCGAAUGGAGAGGUGGGGGUUCAUCUCCGCCAUCUGACAUUUUCAUCGAAGGCCCUACCUACCUGAACGGGGAUUUGUAUGUGACAGAUAUUCCCUACGGUCGGAUUUUAAAGAUCGACGCGCAGAAACAGGUGACCGAAUGUGUUCGGUAUGAUGGGGAACCGAAUGGACUCGCCGUGCGUGAGGAUGGAUGUAUGAUUAUUGCCGACUACAAGCAGGGUCUUUUACUAUUUGAUCCGGUCGCAAAGACGGUUUCUCCUUUUUUGACACGCCGGAAUCUGGAGCGUUUCAAGGGCCCCAAUGACCUGAUCGUGUCUUCAAAAAAUGAAAUCUACUUCACUGAUCAAGGCCAAACGGGCAUGACUGAUCAAACAGGCCGCGUCUAUCGGCUUUCUCCUGAUGGCAAGCUUGACUGCCUCGUUGAUAAUGGCGUAUCGCCCAAUGGAAUCGUAUUAUCUCCAGAUGAGAGGUUUUUGCGGGUUUGUUCUUUCAAUCUUUUGGGUGUGCAGGCCCUGAUGGGUUAG